AUUACAGAAUGUCCGCGUGUGACAGGGCAUACAUAUUUAACCGGUAUUAUCAAUAGUUACAAAACUCGGCGCAUUUAAAAAAUCGGCGCACCCAUUCUUAUCUUAUUCUCGAACUCAACGACACAGUGACCCCUAGCUAAGGAGAGGAUACCCGUACGAUAGGCUAGUUUCUUGUUUUUGGAACAUUCAAGGGUCAGUUAAGGAUGUGGAUGCCAAUGUUGGGUCUCACUGCCCUGCCUCAUUUAGGAGGGCUAUAUGGCGGUUUUGUCACUCGCAAAGAAGUGAAGGAAUGGUAUCCAACUCUAAACAAACCCUCCUGGCGACCUCCUAACGCAGCUUUCCCGAUAGUUUGGACAACACUCUACACAGGCAUGGGGUAUGCCUCCUACCUUGUCUGGAAUGAACUGGGUGGUUUCACAAAUGAUGCCGUAGUACCUCUAGGACUCUACGGUCUGCAGUUGGCUCUGAACUGGGCAUGGACACCCAUCUUCUUUGGUGCACAUAAAAUCAAAUUGGCGCUGAUGGAGAUUGUGCUGCUCACUGGGACUGUGGGCGCCACCAUGGCGUCCUGGUACCCCAUCAGCCGCACUGCCACUCUACUCAUGACCCCAUACCUGGCCUGGCUCUGUCUAGCCACCGCCCUGAACUACCGCAUCUGGAAAGACAAUCCUGAGAAAAAGGAAUAAUUAUGUAAAGCAAAAAUCUUACAUAACAGAGUGCAAGAUGGCUGUUAGUGCAUCUCUGUGGCAUUCUGUAUUUAUUCUUCAGGGCAAAACAACUGGUUACCAAUCUUGUUAUUUGUGUGGAAAGAUGCAUAAAACUUGUUUUCCACUUGUG